AGGACCUUGGUGGCAUGAUUAUCAACUAAAGCCACUUCGGCCAUUUUUCCAGUGUCCAGUGUCCAGCAGCCUCCACCGACAUGGAUUUCUUCUUCCUACCGUCUUGGUUAGUCGUUGCGUUGGUUGUGGCCGUUCUGACCAUCAUUUACAUACACUACAGCUGGGACAACAGGCGCAAGUUUGGCCUCCCAGGACCAACCCCUUUACCCCUGCUGGGACAUUUGGUAGACUUGAUGAAGUAUGGCCUCUGCGAUUUCGAUCUACAUGUCACUCAGACGUACGGCAAAGUAGCUGCACUCUCUCCAGAUUGUUUUGGAAGCAUUCUGGGGGACAUCAUGAUCACAGACCCGGAUAUGUUAAAGGAGGUGAUGGUAAAACAAGCAAGCAUCUUCACGGAUCGAAAUACAGACUCGGAUACGCAGAUGGCGCCGAUAGACAAGUCAGUUUUUGCAGUCAGGGGUGAACAAUGGAAACAGAUGCGAAGCACGUUGACUCCAACGUUCAGUUCCGGGAAACUGCGACACAUGGAGGCAAUGAUUCUCAAGUGCGCCAACACCCUGAUCCAAAACUUGAAGAAAAAAGCUAAAGCUGGAGAAAGUUUUAACAACUCAAUCUGGGGCCGCUAUACAAUGGACGUUACAUGUGCUACAGCGUUUGGAAUCGAAGUUGACUCGUUGAACGAUCCUACUCACCCGUUUGUGAAAAAUGCUGAAAUUGCCAAUAGUACUGAUUUAUCAAAUCCAUUUGUAUUCAUCCUGAUUCUUUUACCGCGUAUGGUGAAAAAACUGGAACGCAUACUUCGGUAUGUUCCUGGAUUUCGAAGAAUAUUGGGUUCAUUCAGAUUUUUUGGACAGACGACAAAAGAUCUACUGAAAGUGAGAGAACAAGCCCAAGAAGGGCACUACAACGAUUUUCUGCAGUUGAUGCUAUCCGCUCAUACCAUGUCAACAUCCGAGGUCGGUGAUGACGAAAAGGAGGUUCAAAAAUGGAAGAAAAAAGCACUGACGACAGAGGAAAUUGCAGGCAACGGGUUGAUAUUCUUUCUUGCAGGUUAUGGGACUGCAAAUGAUACCUUGGCGUUUACGUCAUAUCUCAUCACAGCGCACCCUGAGGUCCAGCAACGACUCUCUGAGGAAAUUGACGAUGUUCUUCAAGGUGCCGAACCGACCUACGACAACGUGUCCAAGUUGAAGUAUCUGGAGCAGGUCUUAAACGAGUCGAUGCGACUGUAUCCCGUUGGCAUUCGUGUGGAUCGAGUGGCAAACCAAGACACCACUGUGAAUGGGUUAUUCAUACCCAAGGGGACGGCCGUGACAAUUCCGAUCUACGCCAUCCACAGGGACCCUAACAUUUAUCCAGACCCUGAGAAAUUCGACCCUGAACGAUUCACACCAGAUGCUAAAGCAAAACGGAGCCCCUAUUCGUAUUUGCCUUUUGGUAUGGGGCCCCGCAACUGUAUCGGUAUGCGCCUGGCCUUGCUCGAGAUGAAGAUUAUUCUUGUGAAGGUCCUGCAGAACUUCACGUUGAAGACAUGUGCGGAGACACAAAUACCAUUAGUUCUCUCUAAAUCAAGUCCAGUCAAACCGGAAAAGCCAAUCAUAUUGAAAGUUGAGGAGAAGAGUAUUUAAACAAACCUAUUUGUCAGCCAUGUUAUAAUUUUUAGAUUAUGACACAUAAAACAAAUGGGACCGAGCCCGGAUCAACCCCACAUCCCGACAUUGUUUUAAAUUAAUUUUUUUUAGAUAAAUGAGGUUGACCCCAUUCAACCAGGGUCGAACUAAAAAAAAAUUUGUUUUUGCCGUAAGGCUUCCCCUCUCUCUCCCGAUCAUUGUAUAUAUUUUUCUGAAUGAAUAUCGCGCACUUGGAAUCAGCUGCUUACCUUUCUAUAAUCCAAUAUCUUUCAGUAUUGAGAUUACUUUGAUCGCUGUGUCGAGACGUUUUCAUUGAACACAACUGUUAAUAAAUCAACUACAACUGUCUAGUCUAAUCGUAUGUGCUCUACAAUUUGAUCAAGUAACUUUAAAUUGUUUCAACAUUUAAAUAUUGACAAAGCACGUCUUUGUAAUCAACAAAAGGACAGUCGAAUGACAGUUCCUAUAAAUGAAGAUUAUUUUACAUAAUUUGACGAACUGAUAUGGGAAACAGAUUUAUUUAAGCUAAAUGGGUAAAAUAAGUACUCUCAUAGGAAAAGCAUGCUUGCUAUGACAAAUAUACAUGUAGACUGGUGUUGUGAUAGUUAAAAUCCAUAUAUAUAAUUUUUAUAGAAAACAUGGGUACAAUUGCGAUACUUUAUCUACAUUAACUUACAUAUAUUAUCAUUUUUAUUUAGAAUCAAUUUUAGUUAUUUCCAUUUCUGGUUGAUGUGGAUAUAAAAAAGAUUGUUAUAUAUUGGGAUGUAAAAAAAAUAGGAUAAUCGUAUAAUUAGGGGAUUUUUUAUUAUAGUCAGUAUUUUAAUCAAGAAUGUCUGUUUUUUAAAUUUUGAUUAUCAGUUUUUGUAGUUCGGAGAGUUCGUUACAUUAUAAUAACCUACAUUUAUAAAUUACCCUUUUCU